AUGUUCUGUCACUGCUUUUAUAGUGCCAUGGCUAUAGAAAACAAGGAUACCAUAGUAAAUGUUGCUUCUACAUUUGAUAACUUCUUAUCAACUACUUUACAACAAAGUUCAAAAAGCACAAAUAUUGUUAAUGCAAUAAAUCAGUUGCUAAGCAUGUACCAUCCUGAUGAUGGUAUAGUUGCAUAUGAACAUGUACUAAAAACUUUACUUAUUUUAUCUGAAAAUUUAGAUAAUGAUAUACAGCAACAGAUAAUCUCUAUGAUACCAUUACCAAAAGGUAUAUCAAAUGAUAAGAUAAGAAAUGUAAUAUAUAAAACUGUGGAGUUAACUAAAGCAGCUAAUAAUAUGUCUACAUGUCAAAAAAUCACAGAAGAUAAGUGUAACACAGAAAUCUUGAAAGAAAUAUCAGAAGUCCAACUAAAUCAAAAUGUUUUGGCUGAUACAUCUAAAAAUUUUGAGUUAAGCAAGCAGUUUGUGCCUCCAGUACCUGAAGUAUUUAAAGGUUUUCCUCCUAAUGAAAUCUCUACAGUUCACAGUCAUGUAAGGAGUGUAAACUACAUGUAUGAUACAGUAAACUAUAAUAUUCCAUAUAUAAACCCUUAUAUUAAUGUUGCACAAAAUUUUUCAUCAAACACUAAUGAACAAGAAGAAUUAUUAAAACUUCACUCAAAAUUGAAAUGGUUUCAUAGUCCUCAUCUUUUGUAUAAAAUUAAUCCUUGCCAAAUCACUGCAUCUAAUUAUCAACAAGGUUUAUUACAACCAGUGAAUGAUAAAUAUUUUCAGUUAUCCACUCAUAGAAUUAACAAUUGGAAUCAAUAUAAUGUAUCUAACAUACCUCAUGCACUACAUCAGGACACUACAUGUUUGAGAAAAAAAUUAUGUAAGAACAGCAUAAUUCCAAACGAACUGAAUAAAAAUGGGAUCUUAAAUUUUGAAGUAACACAUUGUGAUCAAUCUUCUUUAAAAACAAAAGUGAAUGAGAUUUUUCACAAUGAUGAUAUGCAUCAAAAUUUAAAAAAAUAUAAUUUAAAUAAAAAUAGAAAUUUCAACAUGAAAAUGCAGGAAGAUUUUGGACAAGAACUGAAAAAUGAACAACAAGCAAUUCAACAAGACAUAUAUAAAAUGGAUGUAGUAUAUUAUGAUGAAGAAAGAAAAAAUACAAUAAUAAAUAUGCAGCUAGAAAAAGAAGAUAAUUUUAUAAUGGACAAUUUCAUGGUACGUAAAAAGCUUAAAACAAGUUUGCAAAAUUUUUUAAAACGUGCAGAACAAGAAAUUUUUAUUGAAUUUCCACUACUGCCGCACACCAAGUCUUUGCACGUGAUUUCACCUUCAUCUAAAUGUGAGAAGUUCGCAAAUAAAAGAAAUCUGGAAAACAAUAAUCACCUAGAUGUUUCAAAGAAUAAUAUGAAUAAUUUUAAGGACAUUAGUACAUCAGGAAACAUUAAAAAAUCUGUUGAAAAGAAAUCUUCAGCAUCUCUUCAUGUCUUUCCAAAAUCAGCACAACUACAAGUAUUUCAUAAGAAAUUAAAUACUGCAGUUAAUAAAACACAAAUAAUCGAAUGUGAAAAAGAGGAUAACACAAAAAAUUUACUGUACAAAUCUUCCACGAAGCAAACAAAACAAAAAAGUCUGAACACAUCACAACAAACUGUAUGUGUUACAGAAUUGGCUACAUUUAAAAAACAAUAUUAUGACACAUUGUUAAAUAUUCAGAAAGCUAAAAUGGCAGUGGCAAAUUCCUUAGCAAUAUCAUCUGUAGAAAGUUUUACUAAGUACGAUCCAUGUUACUACAAUCACUCAUAUCAACAACAACAUGGACCAUUAACUGUGACUCCACACUUCACAACUGCACAGUCAAGAUAUUCAAAUAUACAUAACAAUCCUUAUACUUGGGUAAAAUACAACAAUUGGAGGCAUCCAACCAUGAAACCAUUAAGAUUUCCACAACAUCUCCCAUUUCAAAUUUCAAGAGACAAAGAGUAA